AUGUCGUGCCCGUCGGUCUGGGAUGGAGUCGACUUCUCAGCGUGCUUUCGCGAGAAGUACAUCGAGAAUUCGCCGCUUGUCCUGACCGCAUUCGGCGCGGCUGUCGUUGUCCUCUGCUGUCGCAAGCGCCCAUUCCAGAGCUUCUCGACCAAUGACCUCGUGUCCCCCAAUGGCGACAAUAUCUCGCGCUUAGAGGCCGAUGUCCUUAUGGCGACGGUAGCUGAGACGGUCCUUCCUCCUCUAGACAGGGCUGUGGAAGCCUCGGAACCUACGCCCCUACCUCCCAAGGAAGCGGACAAGAUCGUGAACGACUUUCGACGCACCACCACUAAGAGCUCGCGCAACUGGGACUUUGUCUACCGUUCAGCGUCUGUCAUCGGUGCCGCGGCAUGGUGUUUAGCUCAAGGCGCCGCUGUCACCUGGAGCCAGGAGGAUGGCCGUGCAUUGGUUUUCCCUGUCUUUGUUUUCAUCGCCUCCCUCGUCGCUCUUCGCCGGCCUGGCCUUCCCCUCCUCCCCCUUAUCACACUCGACCUCAUUCCGGCCCUCCUCCUUUUCCGCAGCGAUGCCAUCCGCGGCGCAUCGUAUCUCAUCCUCGCACCGACAUGCGUCCAGCUGCUCUACUGGUGUACGCUUAUGUGCAUCCCAUACUAUGAUAAGCUGGAUCGCAUUCUUGAUGGCGCCGUGAGCCACGGUGGAAUCGACGCACCCCCACUGGCCCGGCACAUUGAGGAGCCCACGAGCGCCAUGUCUAGGGGAACUUACUGGUUCAUCAUACCGUUCCUCUGGAAAUACUACUGGCGGCCCAUCAGGCAGGACGAGAUCCCCGCCAUCAGGGAAGACGACGGAGCUGCAGCCAGUCUGGGAAGCUUCCGUAAAUUCCAGGCGAGGAAGGACACGCAGUACGCCAUCAAGUACGAAGGCGGGGUUCGCCGGAAGAAUCUCGGUCGUGAUCUUGUCGGUUUCUUCUGGCCACAGCUGGUGGCGCAAGUGUGCUGGGCUCUGCUCUUCACGGUAUUGCAGUACCUUCCCCCUUUGGGACUCAGGCUGCUCCUGCGGUUCAUCACGGAGCGGGAAACUCGCAAUCUGCCGGACCAUAUGGCGUACAUCUACAUCUUUAUGAUGGUCCUCGGCCAAAGUGUUGGAUUCGCUGUCUACGGGCAGGCCCUUAUGAUCGGUCGUCGAAUUUGCGUUCGAAUGCGUGCGCUGAUUGUCGGCGAGGUCUUCACCAAGGCUCUUCGGCGGGAAGACAGAUCCGGGACAGUGAAGAAAGCCCAGACAACCAAGGCUGCAGGAGAGAGCACGGAGGAUGAAGCCACGGAGCAGUCUUCGACGGACGGAAGAAUCGCUAACCUGGUAUCGGUCGACGCCUUUCUAAUCUCUGAAGUCUGCGCCUACAGCUUCUACCUGGUGUCAACCCCCUUCGCGAUUAUCCUCAAUGUGGCCCUGCUGUACCACACGCUUGGCCAGUCCGCCAUCGCCGGCAUUGCGAUGCUGAUCCUGCUUAUACCUGCUCAGACGAUCAUGGCCAAACUCAUGACAGUGUACCAGCACAAGCUUCUCGCAGCCACGGACAAGCGUCUCGAAGAUGCCACAGAAGUCAUCAACUUCAUCAAGCUUUUGAAGUUCAACUCGUGGCAGGACAAAUUCUACGAGCGCAUGAAGAUUAGCCGUCGCAGCGAGCUCUUUGCGCUCAGCAAGUUGUUCGCACUUACCGUCGCUGGACAGGUCCUCGCAUGGGGUACUCCCGUUCUCGUCACUGGUGCGGCUUUCGGUUGGCAAGUGCUGGUGGUCAAGGAACCGCUCACUGCGGAGAUUGCUUGGGCGUCACUCAUUCUCCUCAACAUGCUCCGUGAUCCCGUCGCCAUCUUGCAGGACACCAUCACCCAGUUUGUUCGCGCAUACACGUCCUGCAACCGUCUUUCGAAGCCGGGACCCUCGGACCCGACCAUUGGUUUCCGCGACGCAAUCUUUGCCUACCCAACCAUGGAGGAGGAAUUCAGUACGACUGAGGACGGGGAGGUCAGCGAUGUGCAGCCUUUCCGCCUCGGACAGCUUGACCUCAACUUCCCCACUGGCCAGCUCUCUCUCAUUACCGGACCUGUCGGGUCUGGCAAGUCUACCCUGAUCCUGUCUCUCCUGGGCGAGACUGUACUCCUUCAAGGCAAAGUCUUCAUGCCUGACGACCACGCAAAUCGCGACAUCUGUCCGAUAGACCCACAGACAGGUCUCGCCGACACUGUCGCCUACUGCGCUCAAACGCCCUGGCUCGUCGGCGCCUCUAUCAGGGACAACAUCACCUUUGGAGCGCCUUGGAAUCGUUCUCGGUAUGAUAGAGUUGUCGACUGCUGCGCACUUCGCCGUGAUUUCGAAAUCUUCGAACUUGGAGACCUCACGGAGGUGGGCGAAAAAGGCACGACUUGUUCGGGUGGCCAGAAAGCACGUAUCGCGCUCGCUCGCGCACUGUAUUCUUCUUCCAAGACGAUUAUUCUCGACGACGUUCUCUCUGCCGUUGACGCUCAAACGGCUCGCCACAUAUACAAGAAUGUUCUGCAGGGAUCCCUUAUGAAGGGUCGAACUUGCAUUCUCGUCACCCACGCCGUUUCGUUGUGUCUUCCCGCAGCCGCUUUCGUCGUCAUGCUUGAUGAUGGUCAAGUCGCUGCUAGCGGCACACCUUCCGAGCUCGCGGCCUCCGGCACACUCUCCGCUGAAGAUCUGGAAGACUCCAUUGCCGAUGAUGAUGUGGAGACCGCCGUCCAAGCGGGCACAAGUGCGUUCAGUAGGCUUACAGCGACCAUUGAAGACGACCUCGACGGAGCAAAUCACGAUGCUCUCGUUGCCAAGAAGGCCGCAGAUGCUGAUAAAGCCGCGGAGCUCGAGAAUAAAAAAUUGGUGCAGGCCGAGACCUCAAGUCAAGGAGCCACGAGUCUGCGGACCUACCUCUUGUACUUUAAGUCAAUGGGAGGUCUUCCUUUCUGGCUACUGGCGCUGACCGCUUUGAUCGGAACACAGGUCUUGCAGGUUCUUACCAACGCCUGGGUUCGUGACUGGACAAACGCAAAUGAUCCUUCGCAACGCAUCCAGUCGCUGAAGACGUGGGCGAAAUCGUUCUCAGGUUCAGCUGGCGGUCACUCGACGACGUACUUCAUGGUCGGCUACCUUCUCAUCUCAGCGCUUUACCUCGUUGGCGUUGCCGCGCGUGUCGCUAUCACUUGCUGGGGGUCUCUUCGCGCCUCAAGCAGGCUGUAUCGUGGCAUGCUGAAGCGUCUUCUGAGGGCCACGCUCCGUUUCUUCGACUCGACGCCUAGCGGAAGGAUCAUCAACAGACUGAGCAGAGAUAUGGUGUCAAUUGACCAGCAGUCGGCAGAGAUCAUGACAAACUUCAUCAACUGCGUCUUGUCUUGUGCCGCCGUCCUGGCUGUGGUGACGUACUCGACGCCCUCGUUCGUAUUCUCCCUGGUGGUCAUCCUCGUCCUCUAUUACAUGGUUGGUUCGCUGUACGUCACCACAAACCGUGAGAUCAAGCGGUUCGACUCAGUGACUCGAUCUCCUAUCUUCCAGUCCUUCUCGGAAGCUUUGACAGGCUCUUCGACGAUCAGAGCCUACAGCGACAGCGCCAGAUUUAUUCGCAAGCUGCUCUCGGAGAAUGACACCAACACACGCUGCUUCUGGUAUCUUUGGCAGACGAACCGUGUGCUCAAUAACCUCAGCAACUUUGUUGGUUCGUUGAUCACCGUCUCUGCCUGCGUGCUUGCCCUUCACUCUCCAUCGAUGAGCGCUGGAGAUGCUGGUUUCUCCAUUUCGUACGCCUUGUCGUUCACUGAUUAUGUUCUGUGGGUCGUCAGGAUGUAUGCGGCUGCGGAAAUGUCAAUGAACAGCGUGGAGCGCGUAGCUGAAUACCUCGACCUCGAAGUUGAGGAAGAGGACACCAAGCGGGGCGUCGAGCCUCCUGCGUACUGGCCCACCAAAGACGGGUCCGUUGUUGUCUCAAACCUCACUUGCAAGUACGCGCCUCAACUCGACCCGGUACUCAAAGACGUCUCUUUUACUAUUGGCCCGAAGGAGAAGAUUGGAAUCUGCGGACGCACUGGUUCAGGAAAGAGCACGCUAGCUCUCUCAUUCUUCCGGUUCUUGUACCAAGAGGGCGGCAGUAUCACGAUUGAUGGCCAAAACAUCAGCGACCUGUCCCUGGCAACGUUGCGCUCGCGUCUUACGAUCUUGCCGCAGGAGGCACAACUUUACUCUGGCUCGCUGAGGGAUAACCUCGAUCCGUUCAGGCAGCAUGAAGACGUCGAGAUUUGGGAGGCCCUGCGCCAAUGCGGGCUUGCAGGCCGCACGAGUGCGAAUACAAGUCGGGCCGCCUCUCGAUCGCAGAGCCGUGUGGCAUCCGUCGUCAAUAUGGAUCAGCUCAGGAUGAGUGGGGUCGAUGAGCCCGAGCCUGAGGAGCGAGUGGCCAUCAGGAGUCUCGAUGACCAGGUUGCUGCAGGAGGGAAGAACUUCAGUCAAGGACAGAGGCAACUCCUGGCGCUCGCUCGUGGCCUGCUCAAGCUGCGAACGUCGUCGUUCCUAAUCAUGGACGAGAGCACAGCUAACCUCGAUCACGCAACCGACGCAACAAUUCAGAACGUACUCCGCACUUCGCUUGAGGAUACGCAGAUGUUAGUGAUUGCACAUCGCCUGAUGACGGUCUGUGGUCUGGACAAGAUCCUCGUCCUAGAUCACGGCAGAGUCGUUGAGUUUGGGACGCCUUGGGACCUGUUGCAGGACGAGAGUGGUAUUUUCCGAGACCUCUGCCGUCAGAGCGGUGAAGAGGCCCAACUCUUCGAGCUCGCGAAGUCUGUUCACGAACGGAAACUCGGGAAAGCCUCUGCGUAG